CAUUGUCUCCCUGUGAAGUGGACAGCAAAUGGAGAAUCUUGCAACGUUGAAAGGACAGAGGUGAUCCGGUUGUACUUUCUAAUCCUGACAGAAAAUGAGCGAUUCUGAAGACGAAAUCGAGAAGUAUGUGUUUGAAGUGGCAUGGGAGGUUGCCAACAAGGUUGGAGGUAUCUAUACUGUUAUCAGAUCAAAAGCAGCAGUGACUGUUGACGAACUUGGCAAUGAUUAUUGCCUCUUUGGUCCAUACAAUGAGAGCAGUGUCCAAACUGAGGUGGAGGUGAUGACCCCUGAGUCAUCUGUCAUGAAUGAUGUCAUCCAGUCAAUGCAGGACAAGGGCAUGAAGGUGACUUUUGGCCGAUGGCUAAUUGAUGGAUAUCCAAAGGUUGUUUUGUUCGAUAUUGGGACUGGGUACAAGAUGGUCAAUGAGUGGAAAAACGAUCUGUGGAAUGCGUCACAUGUUGGAAUUCCUUCUCAUGACAAAGAAUCAACUGAUGCUGUUGUUUUUGGUGCAUUGGUGGCCUGGUUUUUAGGGGAGUUCCGCGCACGAAUUAACCCAGAAGCCCUCAUCAUUGCUCAUUUCCAUGAAUGGCAAUCUGGUCUCGGACUUGUUUUUCUCAGAACGAGACACAUCGAUGUAUGCACUGUUUUUACAACUCAUGCCACGUUGCUAGGGAGGUAUCUUUGUGCAUCCAGUGCUGACUUUUAUAACAAUCUUGCCAAGUUCAAUGUGGACAAGGAAGCCGGCGAUCGUGGUAUUUAUCAGAGAUACUGCAUCGAGCGAGCAGCUGUCCAUUGCGCACACGUUUUUACGACCGUGUCUCAUAUCACGGCUGAUGAAGCAGAACAUCUGCUCAAGAAAAGACCAGAUUGCAUCACGCCAAAUGGUCUGAAUAUCAUCAAAUAUGUAGCUCUUCACGAGUUCCAGAAUAUGCACGCAGUCUAUAAAGACAAGAUCCAUGAUUUUGUUAGAGGGCAUUUCUAUGGGCACUAUGACUUUGACCUUGAUAAAACAGUGUACUUCUUCACCGCUGGAAGGUACGAGUAUUCAAAUAAAGGAGCAGAUUUAUUUCUUGAAUCGUUGGCUCGCCUCAACUACAUGCUGAAGACUGCUGAUGUCGAUAUCACAGUCGUUGCAUUUCUAAUUUUCCCUGCACGAACGAACAAUUUUAACGUCGAGGCAUUGAAAGGGCAAGCUCAUGUUAAACAGCUGAGAGAGACGGUUGCAAGUGUGCAUGAUAAAGUUGGUAAAAGGAUUUUUGAUGCGGCAAUGAGAGGUCGCUUGCCAGAAAAGGAUGAGCUGUUGGUAAAAGACGACCUUGUCAAGCUAAAAAGAUGUAUCUUUGCGACCCAACGAGCGGGGUUGCCCCCCAUUGUUACCCACAACAUGCUGGAUGAUGGGACCGACCCAAUCUUAAACCACAUUCGUCGUAUUCAACUGUUUAAUCACAGAACAGACAAAGUAAAGGUCAUAUUUUACCCAGAAUUCCUCUCUUCAACCAACGCCCUAUUUCCGCUAGACUACGAAGAGUUUGUGCGCGGCUGCCAUCUUGGCGUAUUCCCCUCUUACUAUGAGCCGUGGGGAUACACACCAGCUGAAUGUACAAUGAUGGGUGUUCCGAACGUCUCAACGAAUCUUUCCGGAUUCGGUAGGUUUAUGGCAGAGCAUAUUGCGGAUCCGGACUCGUAUGGAAUUUUUAUAGUUGAUCGACGAUUCAGAGGUGUUGACCAAUCAAUCCACCAGCUUGCUCAGUACAUGUUCAAUUUCUGCCAAUUGAGUAGAAGGCAAAGGAUUAUUUUACGGAACAGAACAGAACGGCUUAGUGAACUGUUAGACUGGAAGAACCUAGGAGUGUAUUAUGAAGAAGCCCGGGCCUUGGCAGUCGAAAAAUGUCACCCAGACAAGGCACCAAGAAUGCGAUUCCCCGGGAGGGAAAUGAACUUCAGAUUCCCGCGGCCUCCUUCUGAGCCAACCUCGCCUGCACCAUCGAUCCAUGGUGAUUCUGACGUUGAGUCGAUCAUUGACGAAGAAGAAAGUGCGGAUUUCAUUAAUAUUCGCGAGAAAUUGAAAAACACAGACCUAAGUCACUGAGUUUUCAGUUAGCUGAACAAAAGUAAUUUUUAAUGCUUAGAUACCUAUCUAGAUGUUUGCAAAGGACAAGAAGUGUCACAGAAUAGAGAAAGGGCAGAAAGGAAUCCCUCCGCGGCCAAUUUGUUGUUUUUCGAAGCGACGAAAAUCUUUCAGUAAGCGUAUAUCUAGCUAUUAUCGCUGCAAUCAAGAUUAUGACGUCACAGUGACGUCAUAGUCACAUCCGAUUUAGAAAGUAACCAGACAAAUAGAAGCCCUUCAGAAUAGGCUAUUUGCCCCUAACUUCCGUACAGUUAUGGGAAUGAAGCUUGAAUGCUCAAAACACAGAAUGGUGUGGGGGGGGGGAGUGGUAGGUCCUAGCCAGUGUGCCAAAACAAUAAGUAAGCUUGCUUGCCGAUAAUUAACUUGGUUAGUCUAAAAUACAUUCGCAUGUGCGCUUGUAAAGUGCGUCGAACUCACAUGAAUGGAGUUUCACUUUUGCCUUUUCACUAUCCUAUGACACAGUCAGUUUCAAAGAUGGCGCCCAACGAAGGGGUAGACUACUGUAAAGCUUGAAAACAAUGUAAAGAAAAGUACAAAUUUUUCAUUGGUUUUAGAACGGAAGCCCUCAAGACAGAGAAUAUGGUAUGGGAUGGAUGUGACUUUUAAUUUUUUUUUAUUGACUUCACGUUUGUUAACCAAGUGACUGCCAAAUUUUCUAGAUUCUUCGUAGGUAAAUUUUUUAUGUAGCUUAUUCACAAGCUAACAAGCACCCGCCAAAUGUAAACUUUCCUUAGACAGAGCUUGCGUGCUACAAUGAAGGAGCUCCAACUUGCCCCCUCCCCCCUCUUUUAGCCUUUAAGUAAGGCCAUCUGAGCGUGAAUCGUCUGUUCUUAUAGGCAGGAGUCGAUAAUCUUGUUACCCAAAACGAAAAUGUGACUCUGGCUUACUUGGUGCCAUACUUAGAGCAGCUGCAAACACUGCAAGAUCGAUCUACCCCAUCUUUAAUGACCCCCUUUUAGAGAUAAUUCCAACCCUUCUUUUCUAUUUCAACCCAUCACUAGUUAGGCACCGUAGAGUAGCCAUUAGUGAUACAAAAUAAUGAUAUGCCGUUCUGAAUUUCUUGCAAAUUUCCGGAUCUUCUGCAAGGCUCCUGAUCUUCUGCGAUGUUCCGGAUUUCCCACAAUGUUCCGUUUCCAGACGCCUGUCUUUUUUCCUUUAUAGACAACGCACCCUUCAGUUUUAACCAUAUAUGAUCCGGCACGAUAGCAUAAUAUCUAAUAACCUGUUCUUAGUGUUCUUAGUGUCCUUAGUGUCCUAAUGCUUCAUAAAUAUUUUAUUGCUUGAAUCGAGUGGCAGGCACGUCAUCACAGUGUGAUGAUUAUUAUUAUAACCAUUAACUCAUAUACGUAUGCAAAAAGAUUCGCUGAUUUUGUAAAGAAAACAAGAAUAUUGUUUAAUGUUUGUUGAUUU